GUCUCGUUCAGUUUGCUUCUAAUAAAGUUAAAGUUGUCAAUAUGACUGGUCGUGGAAAGGGCGGAAAGGGAUUGGGAAAAGGAGGAGCGAAGCGUCAUAGAAAAGUUCUUCGUGAUAAUAUUCAAGGAAUUACGAAGCCUGCUAUCCGUCGUUUGGCUCGCAGAGGUGGCGUCAAACGUAUCUCCGGUCUCAUUUAUGAAGAAACUCGUGGCGUCCUGAAGGUCUUUCUUGAAAACGUCAUCCGUGAUGCAGUAACCUAUACUGAACACGCAAAGAGGAAGACUGUUACAGCCAUGGACGUAGUCUAUGCUCUCAAACGCCAAGGACGUACCUUGUAUGGAUUUGGUGGUUAAUUCUCAUCGACCUCGACUACGCUUCUUCAGAAAAAAUGGCCCUUUUCAGGGCCGCAAUUUACUUACAACGUAAUUGGAGCACGUUCGAUUCCUAAAAUUCUCAUUUCCCCUUUAAGAUGGUUGAGCAUAAUAUAUAUAUAUAUAUAUAUAUAUAUUAAUAUUUAUUCAUAAAAAUAGUUCAUUCUUUCUUAGUAUCCGUUAGAAAUAAAUAUAGAUGGUGAAUGUAAGGACGCCAUGAAGAAAAAAGAAAAAUUUAUAAUUAUUUUUAUACGGAGAUAGAAAUCCAUGUACUAUCAAGAAUAACCAUGGAGAAUGUUAAUAUUUUUUCUGCUUAAAUGAUUUUAUUCAAAUAAGGAAAAGUACCACCAUGUUCAUAUUAUACACGAAGCGUCGUUUCUUAGUUGCAAGCCGUAUAUUUCACGUGUCGGCCAUAUUGUUAGUUCGCAACUUAGUUCACGAGUUUCAUGCGAGAUGGCGCCAAAUACACUAUUCUAAAGCACCAGAAAGUAUGUCUAGGGAAGAUGCUAAACCUUACUCUUAUGGAAAAUAAUAAUUUUAAUUUAUCCUAUUUCCAACCCAUGUGUUCCAAUAUACUUCAUUUCUGAUGAAUCGAAGGACGAGAAACGGAAACAUCGUGUCUCUAAGGCUGUAAUUUUUGAAAAAUAAGAAACACGGCUUAUUAAAAAAAAAUCAAUAUAUCAAAGAAGAAAUAUUGAAUGAUCAAUAAAUAUUAUGCUCUUGAAUAACGCAUUUCGAUUAUAAUCAUCUACUAAUCAGGUAAUAAUAAUCGCCUUUUUGUUGUAAUUUCACGUAAAUGCCUGAAUUCGAAAAUCGUUUAUAGCGCAAUAUCGAUGGGAAACCUUGAAUGAAUAAAAAGUUACGCGAAGCUUGGUCUGGCUUGUUUAUCCGAUAACCAUAAACUUUAUAUUGGACGCACUCAUUCCAACGUUCUUUCGACUAUGUUUUUUUCCCACGUUUCCGAUCUUUAUUUCCCUCAUUCGUUUUUUCUCCCAUUAUUUCUGAAUAUCGAGGAAAUGGAGCUCGAUAAUUCUUGGUUAUCGAAGUUUCCAAUAAUCCAUUUUUAAAAACGCAGCUGUUGAUACGUAAAACUUUAUUACGGCAAA